AUGGCACCGCCAUGGAGCCUGAUCGCCGUGAGCGCCGCGGUGCUGGUAGUCUCGCUCAAACCCGAAUACUCGAUCCGGCAAUCAUACUUCUGCACGGCUGUCAGCUUUGUCGCAGUCACAGUGUUUUGCCAGUUCGUCUACAGAUCGAUUUUGUAUCCUGAUUUUCUGUCGCCUCUGCGGCAUAUUCCGACACCUAAGGACCGAUCGUGGUUCAAGGGCAAUUCGAGAUCCAUUUUCCUCGAGGUCCCCGCAGACCAUGCCCGGAGAUGGACCAAAGAAAUCCCCAACAACGGUCUAAUCCGGUACUAUAUGGCAGGAAAUGUCGAACGAGUCAUGGUCAUAGGGCCCAAGGCUCUCAGUGAAGUUCUCGUGUCCAAGGUGUAUGACUUUCCAAAGUCAGAAUCGCUUCGGAUUAAGCUUUUGCGCUUCACGGGAAAUGGACUUCUUCUCGCUGAGGGUGACGAGCAUAAGGCACAACGCAAAGGGCUCAUGCCUAGCUUUGCAUACCGCCAUAUCAAAGAUCUCUACCCGACGUUCUGGACCAAGUCCGUCGAGAUGGUCGAUACCAUAGAGAAGCAACUAAGUUCAUCCUCGUCGAAAGACAACGUUAUACAGGUCAGCAACUGGGCCGGGAGAGUGACACUCGACAUCAUCGGCCUCGCAGGCAUGGGACGCGAUUUCGGCACCAUUCAAGAUCCCGACAAUACUUUCCGGCAGCAGUAUGAAAAGCUGAGAUUUGUGCCGACUACCUUUGCCAAAUGGCUCGUCCUCAUCAGCACGCUGACCGUCGGGUUCAAGAGGCUUUUUCAAUUGCCCACCAAGUGGAACAGGGCGUCUAUCGAAGCCGCGGAGUAUAUCCGGGAAGUUGCGCGCGAGAUCGUUCAGGAGAAGAAAGAGAAGCUGAAACGGGGGGACCUCCAGGGCGUUGACAUUGCAUCCAUUGCUCUCACGAGCGGCGUCUUUUCCGACGAGAACCUCGUGGACCAGAUGAUCACCUUCCUUGUUGCCGGCCACGAGACCAUCGCCACCUCACUGCAAUGGGCCGUUUAUGCGCUGUGCAACCAUCCAGAGAUACAAGCUCGACUGCGUGAGGAGAUCCGCUCUCACCUCCCUGCAACCAUCCGCUCGAAGGAUGAUGGCAAGAAACCACAACCGGCCACGGCCGCCCAAGUGGACUCGCUCCCCUAUCUCAACGCCUUUUGCAACGAAGUCUUGCGAUUCUAUCCCCCUGUACGCUCCACCGGCAGAGAAGCUCGCAAGGACACAUCCAUUCUUGGCCAUUACAUCCCCAAGGGUACCUUACUCCUGCUUGUACCGGGAGCAACAAACCUCGACACGGAACUCUGGGGCCCUGACGCAGAGGAGUUCAAUCCCGAUCGCUGGAUCGGCGAAGGUCGAGCCAAGAGCGGCGGCGCAAAUACCAACUACGCGUUCCUGACGUUCCUGCAUGGUCCGAGGAGUUGUAUAGGGCAGUCGUUUGCCAAGUCGGAAUUGGCCUGUCUGGUGGCUGUCCUUGUGGGUCGAUUCCGGAUGGAAUUGCAGGAUCCGAUGAAGAAGUUGGAGACUACUAAUUCGGUUACGACGGCGCCGAAGGAUGGGGUUAUGGCGAGAUUUACGCGAUUGGAGGGGUGGUGA